AUGGACUGUUUCUAUGUUCAAGUUGAACAACGGGAAUUUCCUGAAACUAAAGGGAAGCCAUGUGUUGUUUCACAGUAUAGUGAGUGGAAAGGUGGAGGAGCUUUAGCCAUAAGUUACGAAGCCAGGGCUCUAGGUAUCAAGCGUGGGAUGUUUAGUGAUGAAAUUCGAGUUCAGCAUCCAGAAGUGAUUAUUUUCAAAGUUCCUGAGAAACGAGGUAAAGCAGAACUUACAAGAUAUCGGGAUGCGAGUUCUGAAGUGAUUCAGUGUAUAUCCGAAUUUACUAGCGAUAUUGAGAGGGCUAGUAUUGAUGAGGCCUACGUUGACUUAACUGGUAUCGUAGAUUCAGUUUUGGUCCAGGAUGACAAUUUGUCAUCACUGCAGCCCAAUCCAGAGUCUUACGUGUUAGUUAGUAGCGAUAUUGCUGAGGAGUCAAAGUUAGAACUUACCAAAACCAACUGUGUUUCUCUCAACGGUGUUGAUUGGAUCCAGUUGCUAGACUCUAAUUUUGCAGAAGGAAGGCGAUUAGCUGUAGCUUCUGAAUUGGUAUACCGCAUUAGACAGGCUGUAUUUACAAAAACAGGAUUUAGAUGUUCCGCUGGGAUUGGUCCAAAUAAAUCUAUCGCUAAAUUGGCAUGCAGUCUAAAUAAACCAAAUAAACAAACAAUUAUUCCGCAUGAAUCAAUUCCCAUUUUAUUGGAAAAUACUCAUAUAAGUAAAAUACGUAAUUUAGGUGGUAAACUUGGAAGUGCUGUUGUUAAACAAUUGAAGAUUGAAACACUUGGUCAGCUAAGUUCAAUUCCAUUGUCUGUACUCACAAAAGAAUUUGGUGAAAAAACAUCAAAAUGGCUUCAUGACUUAUCUCAUGGGAUUGAUCAUGAAGUAGUUACUACUCGAUCACUUCCAAAGUCUGUUGGUUGUAGUAAAAAUUUCCUUGGACGUGCAACACUUACAUCAAGUGAACAAAUUAAACGAUGGUUAUUGUGCUUAGCUGAAGAAAUAUUUGAAAGAUUAGAUGUUGAUUAUCAUCAACAUCAACGUUAUCCUACUCGAUUAAUUCUUUAUGCACGUACAACCAAUGAUCCAGGAUACAUUGGUGGGAUAUCACGUACACUUCCGUCUAAUCUUUUACAAUUCAUUGGUUAUGGAAAUCGAAGUAUCAUGAAUAAUGAUGAUGGAAAUUGUAGUAAUACUAGUGAUUUAGAUAACAAAUUACUUAGGUAUACAAGUCAAAUUGAAAAACUUGCAAAUACUGCUUUGGUCAUUUUAAAGGAAGUUCUUUUUAAAGGGGAAGCUCCGGAAAUAUGGGAUCCUGGUAUAAAUUCUUUAGGUCUUUCAGCUGGAAAAUUCUUAUCUAAUUCCUCUACUUCAAAUGUUGAUAUUCGAUCUUUAUUACAAAAAAAACAAAUAGAAUCUAUAAAAUAUGAUACUGUUGUUCAGCAAGAAUCAAUGGUAUCUAUUCCACCUGAAAAGUCUACAUCACCAUCUUUAGUUAAAUUGUCUUCUGAUAAUGAUGUUAAAAAUGAUAUAGUCAACAUUUCACCUGAUAGAAAACGUAAUUCUAAUGAUUCUACUGUAAAUAUUAACACAAAUAAUCUUUCAUUUUUUAAACGCUUGAGAGUCGCUGAAAUCUCAGCUCCAUUUCAUCCAACUCCAUUGAUUGACAAUCUCAAUAUUAAUAAUAAUACUACUAUUAAUGAUAAUAAUACAAGUGAGAAUAGGAAUUUUUUAUUAGUAGAAAAUCAAAGUGGAAAACUCAUUUCCAAUUCAAUAACACCACCACCACCAACAACAACCAAUGUACAAUUGCAUCAAUCAUUAGAACAGAAUAAAUCAUCCACAUUAGACGAUUCACCUUAUUUAGAAGUUGACUCAGAAUCACGUCAUUCAACAUCAACAACUUCAGAUUCGUCUAAUUUUUUCAAAUCAUAUUCAAUUGGUGAUUGGAUUAUUUGUGAUAAAUGUAAUUCACGUAUAUCUAUAUGGCAAUUACCAGAACAUGAAGAUUUUCAUAUAGCUCAACGUAUACAACAUGAAUGGUCAAAUAAGGAAGUUAAUAUAAAUACACCAAUAACAAAUACAAUAAUAACAAAAUCUAAUGAUACUACUAAUUCAAAUCAAGUAAAUAAUUCAUUAAUAAAUAAAAUAUCUUCCAAUCAAAAAUCAACUAAAAUCAAAUCUAAUUUAAAACAAUCAAAAUCAAUAAAAAAACAUCAAAAAUCAAUUAAAUCUAAUUCUGGAAGUUUAGAUCAAUAUUUUCAUAAAAUCCCUUAA